CCAAGAGAUUAUGAUCAAUUCAAAGCAUAAAUUACUUUACUUUUUUAAAAUGAAUACUUCUACUUCUAUUACUAAUAAGCACUAAUCCUUCAAAAGAGUGAAAGAAAGACUUGUAUGUGAAGCAAUUGAGAAAGUUGAAAGAUGGAGAUAAAUGUUUACUGAAGGAUUAUAAACAAAUAAUGGUGAAAUAAUCAAAGUUACAUUGAAUUAAGCAGCUGAUAUAGUUGGAAUACCUAAAAAAACCCUUGAAGAUUAUACUCAACUAUUUAAAAAGGUGAGAUUACUUACUACAGAUAUUAAGCAAUUUUCUAAUGAAAAGAUGGGAUUUCUAAGAAGCUAUUUAAGAAAGAAUCAAAAUAAACUUAAAAAGAAGCUUAAAGAUCUUAGACUUAAAGAGCUUGAAGCCUAAAAAAAGACUUAAGAGAAGAUUUAAUAGUAAAAUUAAUUACUAAAACAAAAAUUACAUGAUGAAGCUGAAACCACAGAAACUUAUGUUGCUCAAUAGGAAUCAUCAAAUCAAAUCAUAAGUGAUGAGUAAAAUUAUAUUGAUACUUAAUUAUAAUUUUUUCAGGUAAUUUAAUUUUUAUAUUUACUUUAGGAAGAGGAUUAAAAUUUUCAAGAUUAUGAAAGCCACUAGUGUUAUUUUAAUAGAGUAUCUAAUUUCUAAUAAGAGGAAGAUAUUGAAAAUUAUUUCCAAUCUAUCUAAUGAAUCAGAAUAAAAUAUUUAUUUAACACAAAUUACAC